UAAAUAUGUAGGUAUUAUAGAAACAUUUGAAUUGAAUUAAUAAAUCAAUACCAGCAAUGUUCUCGUUAUAUUAUUUCACAGUACUUUUACUCAGCGUUUGCGCUGGUGAGGAUGUAAUAAAUAACAGACGAUUUCCACCUGACUUUAUAUUUUCUGUCGGAACCUCUGCUUAUCAAGUCGAAGGUGGCUGGAAUGAGGAUGGAAAGAGUCCCAGCAUAUGGGAUACUACAGUGCACAAUAAUCCUGCGUUUAUAGAGGAUUCUUCUAACGGAGACAUAGCUUGCGAUUCUUAUCACAAAAUUGAAGAAGAUGUAGCCAAUCUCAAAGAAUUAGGCGUCACUCAUUACCGGUUUUCCAUAGCCUGGACGAGAAUUUUUCCUAAUGGUAUCGGAGAAGUAAACGAAGCUGGAGUAGCGUACUACAAAAAACUCAUAAAAGAACUCAAAAACAACGGCAUAUCUCCGUUCGUAACCAUCUUCCACUGGGACAUCCCUCAGGCCCUUCAAGACAUGGGCGGCAUCUUGAACUCGUCCUUCGUCUCGUGGUAUUCCGACUACGCCAGGGAGUGCUUCAAACGCUUCGGCGACGACGUCGACUAUUGGAUUACUUUCAACGAACCCCAACAAGUCUGCACCGGAGGCUACGGCUAUGGGUACUUUCCCCCAGCCGUCAAAUCCGAGGGCCUGCUGGAGUAUUUCUGCGUUUCUCAAGUGGUCAAAUCCCACGCCAAGGCCUGGCAUAUUUACGACAGUGAAUUUAGAAGUAAACAAAACGGGAAGGUAUCUAUAACGUUAGAUACUGGAGCAUUUUUACCUGCUUCUAAUAGUUCUGCUGAUGAAGAGGCGGCUGAUAGGAUGUUGCACUUUACAUUAGGCGUCUACGCUAAUCCGAUUUACGUGGGAGACUUUCCCGAAGUGGUAAAAUCUCGCGUAGCGGCUAGAAGUGCAGCCGAAGGAAGAAACCAAUCGCGUUUGCCCGAAUUGACGCCGGAGGAAAUCGAUUACAUUCGCGGAACUCACGACUUUUUCGGCCUGAACGUUUACAGCGCCUCUGUAGCUCAAGCUAUGGAGGAUCCUCCCGUUCAGAAUCCUCCUAGUAAAUGGCAGGACCAAGCGGUCACCACGUCCAUGCCUUCCGAUUGGGAGAGCACCUCUCAGCAAUUUACUAAGGUUGUUCCUUGGACGGUGAGAUCAUUGCUCAAUUGGAUCAAAAACACUUACAAUAAUCCCGGAAUAAUCAUCACUGAAAACGGUUACCCAAGUAAAGGAGAUAAGGAUGAUAGAAGGUUGUAUUAUAUCAGGGGGUAUUUAAGCUACAUUAGAGACACGAUGAUAGAGGAUGGAGUGUCUGUAUUGGGUUAUACUGUGUGGAGCUUCAUGGAUAACUUCGAAUGGACAUCUGGGUAUACGCAAAAGUACGGUCUCUACGAAGUGGACUUUAGCAGUCCAAACAGAACGAGAACGAUUCGUCCGUCUGGGGAAUUUUACAGAAAAGUCACACAAACUAGGUGUCUUGUUGAUAACUGCGUGGACUAAAC